AUGACGGCCCAACAAUCCGCCAAUGUCCCCGUCUUUCCCGCAUCCGAUUCCCCGAUCGGCAACAUUGCAUCUCUUGAAAACAAGGUCGCAUUGAUCACAGGCGCUAGCACAGGCCUUGGCCGUGCUAUUGCUUUGGCGUACGCUGCUGCCGGUGCCUACGUUGUUUCCGCCGAUCUCACCCCGGUUCCAGCCUCUGCACCAACCGUCGAAGCUACCCAGACAGAGCUUGACCAUAAGACCCCGACGGUUGAGCUCGUCAAUAACAGGUGGCCAGCUUCGUCAGAUCCGAAAGGAAACACCCAGGGACGAGGCAAGCGAGCAGCUUAUGUCAAGUGCGAUGUUACGGACGAGAGUAGUGUCAAGAACGCUAUAGCUUUCACCGUCGACACCUUUGGCAGAUUGGAUAUCAUGGUCAACAAUGCCGGCAUCUCCGCGGAAACAAGCCGAGAAGGGUUCAAUGGCGUCCCUCAGCGCAUCCAUGAGACCGACGUGAAAGUGCUCGAUAGAAGCCUCGCCAUUAACGUCCGCGGCGUCUGGCUUGGCACUAAACACGCUGUUACCCAGUUUCUCUCCCAGAAGCCUCUUAACCCAUCACUGCCAGAUCGCGGUUGGGUUAUAAACUUGGCCUCGAUCUUUUCAAGCGCUGGUUACCCGGGUGCUUCCUCUUACUGCACCUCCAAGGGGGCGGUUCUGCAGCUCACACGUGCCACGGCGCUGGAGUAUGCACGUGACGGCAUCCAUAUCAAUGCCAUUCAGCCAGGUUUCACUGACACCCAUUUGCUUGAGGGCAUGUACGCAAAGAUGGGCACGGAGAACGUACACCAAGCGCUGAAUACGCUGCAUCCUUGGGGCAGGACGGGCAAGCCAGCAGACAUUGCACGAGUCGCCGUUUUCUUGGCCGGCGAAGGGGCUGGGUGGGUGACUGGCUCUGGCGUCGUUGUCGAUGGUGGAUAUCUGGCCCAGUAG